AUUCAUCUUUUCCCAAACUCAUAGUAAAAAAGGGGGGGAAGGAAAACACGAACCAGCUCGGGCAUUCCCAAAGGGGUGGGAAAUUGAUAACAAAAGUGUAAAUUUUUAGUAUAGUGUUUGUGUUUGUGUUUGUGUGUGUUUGUGUAGUUUUAAGACGCUUUACAAUGUCUCUGCUAUGCAAUACGGGCGACUGGUUCACGCUGGGACAGGGCAAUGCCUUCCGCAAAAUCGAACUCUACACCAUGGAAUGGCCGGGCAGCAUCAACCUGGAGCAUAUGCGCGUGUAUGCGGCCCCGUACGGUGGUCCGAUCGCCGUCGUCAAGGAUCCGAAGCAGUUCGUCAAGCUGGACGGGGGCGCCAGCACACGACCGAUCAUACGCAUCUUCAACUGUGUGGGCAAGCUGCUCUCUUCCAUCAAUUGGGAUUGCGGCAAUCUGGUCACGCUCGGCUGGUCGGACACGGAAGAGCUGAUCGGGGUGCAGGACGACGGUACCAUCUUCCUGCACGACAUGUUCGGCAACUUUGUGCACAAGUUCAGCGUCGGCAAGGACGUGACGGACGUGGCGGACGCGCGCAUCUUUACCUCCGCCUCCGGCACGGGCGUGGCCGUGAUGACGUCCGGGUUUAAGAUCUACAUCCUGAACAACAUCAAGGAUCCGAAGUCGCGCCCGCUCUCGGAGCUGCUCAACCUUACCAGCAGCCUCACCUGCUGGGAGAUGGUAUGCAAGGACCGCACGACCAGCUGCCUGCUAGCGUCCGGCAACGAGAUAACGCUCGUGCGGCACGGCGACAACGCGUUCAGCAACACGACGCCCGCGAUGCGGCACGACUACCAGUCGAUCAGCCUGCUGGCCGUCUCGUUCGACCACGAGCACGUCGCGCUGCUGACCAACACCGGCUGCCUCUGGAUGGGCUCGUGGGACCUGAAGCGCAAGUACUGCGAGUUUGCGACGGGCCGGCAGGAGCAGGCGAACCAGCUGGUGUGGUGCAUCGACGGCAGCACCGGGCCGGACGGGCAGGCCGUCAUCGUCUGCUACGCGCACCUGCUGCUGGUGGUGGGGGCGAGCGGCGAAUCGAGCGUGUACACGUACGACACGCCGGUGGCGCUCAUCCCCGAGAUGGACUGUGUGCGCGUGCUGACCAACUACUGCCACGAGCUGGUGCAGCGGGUGCCGCCCAGCACGAGCAAAAUCUUCGGCAUCAACAUCUCCGAGCCGGCGAGCUUCCUGUUCGAGGCGCACCGGAAGUUCCGGGACCGGAGCCACCAGUCGGACGAGUACCUGUGCCUGAUACAGCACCGGCUGCCGGCCGCGGUCGCCGACUGCGUCCAGGCGGCCGGCCACGAGUUCGACCCGAGCACGCAGAAGUGCCUGAUACAGGCGGCGUACUUUGGCAAGAGCUUCCUCUCCGGCUACGACUGCACCGACUACAUCACGAUGUGCCGCACGCUCAAGGUGCUGAAUGUGCUGCGCGACCGGAACGUGGGCAUCCCGAUCACCAUACAGCAGUUCAACCAUCUGCAGCCGGUCGUCAUACUGGAUCGGCUGGUGUUCCGCAAGUACUACGGGCUGUCGAUCCACAUCGCCAAGUAUCUGAAACUGCAGGAGACGCGCAUCCUUGAGCAUUGGGCGUUCCAGAAGAUUACGCACGACAAGAACGAUGACGAGGUGGCGCGCAAGAUAGCGGCUAAAUUCUCUAGCGCCGGCCUGCGCGAACCGAUGUCGUACGCGAACGUGGCCGACAAAGCGCAGCAGAUCGGCAAAACGAAGCUCGCCAUUACGCUGCUCGAGAUGGAGACGAAGAAGAAGCUGCAGGUGCCGCUGCUGCUGAAGCUCGGCGCGUGCGAGAAGGCGCUGAUUGCCGCCACCCAGUCGGGCGACAUCGACCUCAUCUACAUGGCGAUCCUCGAGAUGAAGAACACGACCGCGCUCGCCAAGUUCCACAUGACGAUCCGGCGCUACCCGCUCGCCCAAAACCUGUACAAGAAGUACUGCCAGCUGAACAGCCUGUCCACGCUGAAGGACAUCCACUCGCAGGAGGACGACUUUCUGUCGCAGGCCGAGCUGGCGCUGCGCGAGGCGCUCCAGCUCGGCAACCUGGACGCCUCGAUACCGGACAUCAGCGGCAACUACCGCAAGGCGGGCAAGCCGGUCGAGGCCGACCUGGCGGACGAGACGAAGAAGCUGAUCCGGCACCAGAAGCUGCUGCAGGACAAGUACCAGAAGGACUUCUUCGGGCUGGCGCUGCACGCGAUGGUGCGCAAGCUGCUGCAGCUCGGGGACCAGCGGUACGCGGAAAAGCUCAAGAGCGAGUUCCGCAUGUCCGACCGGCGCUUCUGGUGGCUGCGGGUGCAGACGUACGCGGACAACUACCAGUGGGAGGAGCUGGAGAAGCUCGGGCGGGCGAAGAAGAGCGCGAUCGGGUACGAACCGUUCGUCGAGGUGUGCCUGGCGAAGCAGAACGUGACCGAGGCGAAAAAGUAUCUGCCCCGGUGCGGCGAGGAAACGAAGCUGAAGUGGUAUCUGCGGGCGGGUUGCUAUGCCGACGCGGCGACCAUCGCGUUCAUGCAGAAGGACAUCGACAGCUUGCUGAAGAUUCACGACCACUGCAACGAUUCCGCACUGAUGGCAAAGGUCGAAAACAUGAUCGGGCAGCUGUCCAGCAAGAAAUAAUGCGAGUCAGAAAAAGGGCGAGACGUGUUGAACCGUGAUAUCAGAUAGGCGCGAAGGAUAUAUUAUUGUAUGUGUGUAUGUGUUUUUUUAUAAGUUUAUAUCGUUAUAUGUUUUGUAAUCAUCGUUGUGCAGCCAAAGUGCUCCCGGUAGGUUAAGGUUUAGCAAGCAAGCAUGUGUAAAUGUUAUUACUCCAUUCCCUUUACGCUCGCAGUAGACUCACCAACGCUGUCAGCAGACGAUUAGAGCUAGCGAGCAGUACCGUUCAGUGUAAUAUCGAAGCGAAUAUACGCCGCAAAAUAUAACGAAUCGAUAGCAA